AUGAUGUUGGACAUCAAGUCGCAAAUAUGUGCCGCGAUUGAUUCGUCGUCUCGCCAAAGCUACGACGUCGGAGAAUCGCACCGCUCAGGCCACUGCCCGUGUUCUGACGCUCGUCUGGACCGAUACUUCCAGUUUUGUGAAGCAGAGUUGCGCGAGACUUGGGGAACAGGAAGCGGUGGGAUCGAAAUCAAGGAACUAGCGAUCCUCCUGAGCCGGAUGCGAGCCGAUCCGGAUAUCACGAGAGAGACGCUGUCCGCAAAGCAACCAGGCGAUAUUGAGCUCGCCACAAGAAUCGCCUUCAUGACAAGCUGCUUAGCCUUGGACUAUUCGACCGACCGUUUAGAAAAAGGAGGCUACCGUGCUGAAUGGCGAGAUACGGAGCCCCUCAGCAAAUUCAUCGAGAAGUUCUUCGAACCGCAGUCGCACAUGGUCCUGAGCUACCCGGAGCAUCUUGGCCAUGCCGACUUCAAAUCGGACCUGAAAGCGACGAAGCUGAAAAAGGUUCUUGGGAUAGUAAUCCGUCCCACAAACGAUAUUCGGGAUCAUUUGAAGCUCGACCGGAAGAACAUGACGCUUGAUGUCUUCCACUGCACCGGUUUCGUCAAGGAGCAUCUGAGGCGAAGCAAGGACCCGGGAGACAAGAGAACGAUCCAAGAUGCCCUGAAACGGGGAGCUCUUCCGCGCCAGCUCAUGCUCGAGGUAUUAGAGUCUUUGCAGGGAGUCCUAUUUCCGCUGUCAGACAAGAAGUCUCGCAAGAUGCUGGCGUCUUACGUCGCGAAUGGAGCCUUCGAUCCAGAUGUUCAGAACUUCGAGUUCGUAUCGAUCAAAAACAAGGGAGAAGAGACGGUGCCGUUCUAUUAUCUGUCGACACGGCUGUCGGAGCUGCAUCAUGAGCUCCUCAACCCGAAGCCAAGAGGAUGGCUGGAGCGACAGUUUGAGAGACGCAGCGGUGCCCGAUACAUGAUGAUGGCUACCAUGAUAGGUGUGCUCUUCGCGGUGUUUCUUGGGUUCCUCUCGCUGGCCCUAAGCUCGUACCAGACGUAUAUUGCUUACCAGGCUUGGCAACAUCCGGUAUCCCCAGAUUGA